AAAAAAAAAUUAUAGACCAAGCUAUACGCUAAUCAAUUAAAUAGCUUUUCUAACAGAAAAAAAAAAAAUAUGGAGAUACUGAAAAAAUAAGAAGCUAACUUUCAAAAAAAAAUAAAAAAUAAGAAGCUCAAAAGCCUAAGUACCUGCACUUUUCUGUCUAGGAAUUUUUCUUCAUGAUUGAGGAUCACGAUCUAGUUAAGCCGGGGUUGAAUGCUUUUAUGGGAUUUUUCUCCGCUUUUCGCUCCUGCUUAGAUUCUAUAAGACCUGCCCGGACUGCCGGUUCAACCGCCCCUGACGACGGCGAUGACGGCCUUGAAUCAUUUGAUCUCUUCUUUGAACUCAAUUCUCUUCAAAUCGCUACGAAUUUCUUUUCCGAGCUGAAUAAACUCGGGCAUGGAGGCUUCGGCCCGGUUUACAAGGGACUGAUGUCCAAUGGACAAGAAAUAGCUGUGAAGAAGCUAUCACUGACUUCAAGACAGGGAGUGAGAGAAUUUACAAAUGAGGUGAAAUUGUUACUGAGACUUCAGCACAAGAACUUGGUGACAUUGCUGGGAUGCUGUGUGGAAGGACCAGAGAAGAUGCUCGUUUACGAGUAUUUGCCAAACAAAAGUCUUGAUUAUUUUCUAUUUGAUAAAAAAAAGUCUGCAUCUUUGGAUUGGACGACUAGAUUUCGGAUAGUUAUGGGUGUGGCUAGAGGUCUUCUCUACCUGCAUGAAGAAGCUCCAGAAAGGAUCAUCCAUAGGGACAUUAAAGCUAGUAACAUAUUGUUGGAUGAAAAACUCAGUCCGAAAAUCUCAGAUUUUGGCUUAGCUAGACUCUUCCCAGGCGAGGACACCCAUGUAAAUACAUUUAGGAUUUCUGGUACUCGUGGUUACAUGGCUCCUGAAUAUGCAAUGCGUGGAUUUUUAUCUGUGAAGACAGAUGUGUUUAGUUACGGGAUUUUGGUUCUAGAGAUUGUGAGUGGCAGAAAGAAUCAUGAUACGCAUCUUGCUGGAGAAAAGUCAGAUCUUCUGAAUUUUACAUGGAUGCUAUAUCAAGGAGGAAAAGCGCUAGACAUUCUUGACCCGAAUCUUACCAAGUGCAACCGUGAUGAGGCUGCAAUGUGCAUUCAACUGGGAUUGUUGUGUUGUCAAGCAACUGUUGCUGAUAGACCUGACAUGAACGCUGUUCAUCUCAUGCUCUCGAGCGACUCAUUUACUUUGCCAAGACCAACAAAACCUGGAAUCCAGGGCCGUGUAGGACGUUGGACGACUGCCUCUUCUUCAGCUUUUACAAAUACAAACCCUAGUAGUGGAUACACUGGUGGGACAAGGGCUUCAGCCAGUGGCAGUAUUAUUGUUGAAGAGUGUUCUAGAAACUCUAUGUCUGUAUCUUCUAUAGAUGAAGGUAGGUGAAAUAUUUUUGUAAAGUCUCACUAAAUGCUCAAUUUUACCAUGUAAAGUUCUUUUCAUUUUAUUUUUUUUUCUUCAUUUUUUUAUAUAUAUAAUGUUGAAGUAUUCAGGCAGGUGAUACAAAUCUUUUCAAUUCGUUUUCUAGUGAAAUUGUUCACGUAGUUCGUACUAAUUUUUUAGAUGUAAAAUUGACAAGUUGAGCAGAUGCCAUGUUAUCAUAUCCAAUUAAAUUUAUAAA